AUGUCUGCAUUAUUCAUUAAUAAUGAUGAAAAUGACGUUCCAUUUGAUGAUGGUGAAUAUGAGUAUGGUCAUGAUGAUGAUGAUGCAGAUGAGAUGAAUAAUGCACAAGUUCCAAUUUAUGACGACGAUGAAGAAGAAGAUGAAGACAGUGAAAAUGAAGAACAAAUUAAUCAAAAUAAUAGUGCACAACAAAAUAAGAGCCGUGGUUCGUAUACGGAUGAAAUGAAUUUGAUUGAUUAUGUUAUUGAAGAAGAAAAAGAAAUUGGUGGUGCUAAAGGUGAAGACAGCGAGUCAACAAGUCGCUCGACAACUUAUUCAAGUUUACUAGGUAAUGAUCAAGAUAGUGACGAAAUGAUUCUGUCAAAUGAAACAAAAACAAAUCAAAAGUCAAAACUUAGUACAAAAGAAGAAGGUCAAAUAAUUCGAGCUCGAGCUUUUCUCAAUCGACUUGACACGAAAAUUCAAGAAAAAGAUGAACUAGUUAAACAAAUUCGCGAGUCUAUUUAUUUAACAAAAGACAAAAUAACCAAAAUGGAACAAAAUAAAAUUCGAUUAGAAAAAGAUCUCGAUCAAGCACAAGAUCAACAAAAUCCUACGACCACCAAUAGGCUUACUGGUGAAUUAAAUCGUCUUGUACGCGAAAUGGCUCUUGAACAUGAUGUUCUCAUUGAAUUUCAAAGCAAACUUGAUGCUGCUGAAAUGGAUCGUACAAAAUCAAUUAUUGAACGAGCUCGUUAUAAUGGUGAAGAAGUUGUUCUCAAAGAAAAAGAAUCACUAUUGACUGAACAAAAACGUUCCUUAGCACAAUUACGUCAACGUCAAGAAGAUUGGAAAGUCACACAAAUGAAACGAGUACAUUUAUCUGAAUUACAUACUCAAAAACAAGCACUCGAACAACAAGCAGCUGCACAACGAUCUGCUAUGGAUGAAGCACGUCGUAGUAAAAAAAUUGCACAUAAGUAUUUACAACAAACAUUUGAAAAAAUUCGAACUGAAAAACGUAAUGAAGAAGAAGCAAGUCGAGCAGAUACAGAAAAAAAAAUUAAAAGUUUACUUAAUUUACGUAAUGCUAUUGAACGAAAUAAAGAUACACUAUCGAUUCAAACAGCCCAAAAACGAGCCCAAGAACGUGAUGUACGUGAUGCUAAAAAACGUGAGCAAAGAUCCAUCGAAGACGAAGGACAAAACGGUUUAUUUUAUAUGUUACGUAAACAAAAAAAUGAAAAAUUAGAAGAAAUGCAAAAGCGUUUUGCUGAACAGCAAGAUGCAAAUCGUUUAGCUAUUGUCGAUAAAAUACUCAAAGAAGAAAAUGAAAAAGAAAGAAAACGUAGACUUUAUCCUGAAUUAUAUAAAUCAACAAUGAAUAAACCAUUGGCAAUGCCAACUUCAACUUCAACAAUAACAAGACCAAAAGAUCUCGCUCCAAUUAGUCAGUAG